GGGCCCCCCCCGCCACACCCGGACCGGCGGCUGGAGGAGACCGGACCCCCCCAAAACUGGACCCCCCGACUCCAGUCCUGAUCUGUUCGUCCCCUUCUCCCCUUAGACGGGCGUCUGAAACUCUGGAAAGCAGGACCUGGCCAAGCCGCCAGACAGAGCCGGGCCUAGCCCAGAGCCAUGGAGAGCUGCUACGACCCAGGUCUGGAUGGCAUCAUCGACUAUGACUUCAAAUUCAACCCCUCCAUUGUGGAGCCCAAGGAGCCCGCCCCAGAGACAGCUGAUGGCCCCUACCUGGUCAUCGUGGAACAGCCUAAACAGCGAGGCUUCCGAUUUCGGUAUGGCUGUGAAGGCCCCUCCCAUGGAGGACUGCCAGGUGCCUCCAGCGAGAAAGGCCGCAAGACCUACCCCACUGUCAAGAUCUGUAACUACGAGGGACCAGCCAAGAUCGAGGUGGACCUGGUAACCCACAGCGACCCACCUCGUGCUCAUGCCCACAGCCUGGUGGGCAAGCAGUGCUCGGAGCUGGGGGUCUGUGCCGUGUCUGUGGGGCCCAAGGACAUGACUGCCCAAUUCAACAACCUGGGCGUCCUACAUGUGACCAAGAAGAAUAUGAUGGAGAUUAUGAUCCAAAAACUCCAGAGGCAGCGCCUCCGCUCCAGGCCCCAGGGCCUUACGGAGGCUGAGCGGCGGGAGCUAGAGCAGGAGGCCAAGGAGCUGAAGAAGGUGAUGGAUCUGAGCAUCGUGCGGCUGCGCUUCACUGCCUUCCUGCGAGCAAGCGACGGCUCCUUCUCCCUGCCCCUGAAGCCCGUUAUCUCCCAGCCCAUCCAUGACAGCAAGUCUCCGGGGGCCUCAAACCUGAAGAUCUCUAGAAUGGACAAGACAGCAGGCUCUGUGCGGGGUGGAGACGAAGUUUACCUGCUUUGUGACAAGGUGCAGAAAGAUGACAUUGAGGUUCGGUUCUAUGAGGAUGACGAGAAUGGGUGGCAGGCCUUCGGGGACUUCUCUCCCACAGAUGUUCAUAAACAGUACGCCAUUGUGUUCCGGACACCCCCCUAUCACAAGAUGAAGAUCGAGCGGCCUGUGACCGUGUUCCUGCAGCUGAAACGCAAGCGUGGGGGCGAUGUCUCUGACUCCAAACAGUUCACCUACUACCCUCUAGUGGAAGACAAGGAGGAGGUACAGAGGAAGCGGAGGAAGGCCCUGCCUACCUUCUCCCAGCCCUUCGGAGGUGGCUCCCACAUGGGUGGAGGCUCUGGGGGCUCGGCUGGGGGUUAUGGAGGAGCUGGAGGAGGUGGCAGCCUCGGCUUUUUCCCCUCCUCCUUGGCCUACAGCCCCUACCAGUCCGGUGCGGCCCCAAUGGGCUGCUACCCGGGAGGCGGGGGCGGGGCGCAGAUGGCCGCCACGGCGCCCGGCGUGGAUACUGGGGAGGAAGCAGUGGAGUCGAGCACUGCCCCCACGGGCCCGCAGUGCGAACCGCAGGCUCCGGAGAUGCUGCAGCGAGCCCGGGAGUACAACGUGCGCCUGUUUGGCCUGGCACAGCGCAGCGCUAGAGCCUUGCUCGACUACGGCGUCACGGCGGACGCGCGCACGCUGCUGGCGGGACAGCGCCACCUGCUGACCGCGCAGGACGAGAACGGAGACACGCCGCUGCACCUGGCCAUCAUACAUGGGCAGACCAGCGUCAUCGAGCAGAUAGUCCACGUCAUCUACCAUGCCCAGCACCUCGGUGUUGUCAACCUCACCAACCACCUGCACCAGACACCUCUGCACCUGGCAGUGAUCACUGGGCAGGCCAGGGUGGUGAGCUUCCUGCUGCAAGUGGGUGCAGACCCGGCCCUGCUGGACCGUCAUGGAGACUCGGCCCUGCACCUGGCACUGCGGGCAGGUGCUGGUGCCCCCGACCUGCUGCGUGCACUCCUGCACAGUGGGGUGCCCACUGUGCCUCAGCUAUUGCACAUGCCUGAUUUUGAGGGAUUGUACCCAGUACACCUGGCGGUCCACGCCCGGAGUCCUGAGUGCCUGGACCUGCUGGUGGACAGCGGGGCUGCAGUGGAGGCUGCUGAGCGGCAAGGAGGCCGGACUGCCCUGCACCUGGCCACAGAGAUGGAGGAGCUGGGGUUAGUCACCCACCGGGUCACCAAGCUCCAUGCCAACGUGAAUGCCCGCACCUUUGCGGGAAACACACCCCUGCAUCUGGCAGCUGGACUGGGAUCCCCAACCCUCACCCGCCUCCUUCUAAAAGCUGGUGCUGACAUACACGCAGAGAACGAGGAGCCCCUGUGCCCUCUGCCCUCGCCCCCCACCUCUGGUAGUGACUCAGAUUCUGAAGGGCCUGAGAGGGACACUCGAAGCAGCUUCCGAGGCCACACACCUCUUGACCUCACUCGCAGCACCAAGGUGAAGGCCUUGCUGCUCAAUGCUGCUCAGAACACCAUGGAGCCCCCCCUGAGCCCACCCAGCCCUGCAGGGCCAGGGCUUUCGCUCGGGGAUACAGCCCUGCAGAACCUGGAGCAGCUGCUGGAUGGGCCAGAAGCCCAGGGCAGCUGGGCAGAGCUGGCAGAGCGGCUGGGGCUGCGCAGCCUGGUGGACACGUACCGGAAGACGGCCUCACCCAGCGGCAGCCUCCUGCGCAGUUACGAGCUGGCCGGUGGGGACUUGGCGGGUCUGCUGGACGCCCUGUCUGACAUGGGCCUAGAGGAGGGAGUGAGGCUGCUGAGAGGCCCAGAGACCCGAGACAAGCAACCCAGCACAGCAGAGGUGAAGGAAGACAGUGCCUAUGGGAGCCAGUCAGUCGAGCAGGAGGCAGAGAAGCUGGGCCCACCCCCUGAGCCACCAGGAGGGCUUUGCCAUGGGCACCCCCAGCCUCAGGUGCACUGACCUGCCACCCACCUCCAGUCCCCUUCCUGAACCCCCUGUACAGCAUCCCUGCCGAUUCCAAAUCUUAUUUAACACCCCACACCCAUUCAGGGGCAAAUAAAGGAUUCUCAUAGGAA